AUGGGUGAAACUACGACUCCGCAAUGGCUGCUAACGGCCACUGAGAAACGCAAAAUCCGCGACGACGCCAUCCAGAGCUUCAUUGAUGCACACGGAGCAGCCCUAGCCGCCAGUCUGCACGUCGACGAAUCCAGCAGCGCCAUUCCCAACAACGCUCCGCGGGGCUUGACAGGCUUGGACGAUGUUGGGAAUAUUCUCGAUGCCGUUUCGUCUGGGGCCGUGACCGCUGCGGAGCUGUGCACCGCCUACAUAAGCCGCCUUACGGAAAUUCUCUUCGACGACGCCCUGAAACAGGCCGAUGAACUGGAUCAGAUUUUUACGGAGCAUGGACAUCUUGUGGGGCCACUGCACGGGGUACCCAUGACGCUAAAAGAUCAAUUCGAGGUCAAGGGCUACGACAGCACUCUCGGAUACGUCGGGCGAGCCUCGAAGCCAGCAGCUCAAGACGGCGUCUUGGUGACACUCUUGAAAAAGAUGGGGGCAGUCAUAAUCGCCAAAUCGAACUUACCACAAAGCAUCAUGUGGUGUGAAACAGAGAACCCGCUCUGGGGUCUCACCGUCCAUCCGAGAAAUCCCGAUUUCACCCCUGGCGGCUCUACGGGUGGAGAAGGCACGUUGCUUGCCCUGCAAGGCUCCGUUGUUGGGUGGGGCACCGACAUAGGGGGAAGCAUUCGUAUACCAUCGCAUAUGCUCGGGUUAUAUGGGCUGAAGCCAAGUAGUACCCGCUUGCCCUAUCAUGGCGUCGCCGUAUCGACCGAGGGCCAGGAACACGUACCCUCCGUGAUUGGUCCUAUGAGUCGGAAUGUCGAUUCGCUGAUCGCGGUAACCAAAGCUGUCAUUGAUGCCAAGCCGUGGAACGAGGACCCAAAGUGCUGCCCGCUGUCCUGGCGAGAUGAGCUCUUCGUCGGCGUCCAGUCUCGACCGCUAGUCAUCGCCGUUAUGCGUGACGAUGGAGUAGUGAAGCCACAUCCCCCUAUAGCUCGCGUACUGGAAGAAGUCACUACUAAACUGCAGAAUGCCGGGCACGAGAUUGUCUCGUGGACUCCUGGGAGUCUCCAUCAGGAGUGUAUCGAUAUUAUGGACCAGUACUAUACUGCAGAUGGAGGAGAGGACAUUCGGCGAGAUCUCGAAGCUGCCGGGGAACCUUUCAUUCCACAUGUCGAAGCCCUGAUAAACAAAGGCAAGCCCAUUUCGGUCUACGCCUACUGGCAGCUCAACAGGCAAAAGGUGGCGGCACAGAAGCGCUUCCUCGACUUAUGGAACUCUACCACCUCCACGUCAGGAAGGCCGAUCGACAUCCUACUCACGCCUGUUAUGCCCCACUCUGCAGUGCCGCAUCGCAAAUGUAGAUGGGUAGGAUACACAAAAGUCUUCAACUUUGUGGACUACCCGGCGGUCGUACUACCAGCUGGCGAGGUGUCAAAAGAGCUCGAUCGGGCGGCUGCAGAAGUCAUGGCCACGUAUGAGCCACGAAAUGCGCUCGACGAGUGGAAUUGGAAGUUGUUCGAUCUCGAAGCUAUGCACGGCAUGCCGGUAGGCGUGCAGGUGGUUGCACGGCGCUUGGAGGAAGAGAAGGCCCUCGGCGCGGCCAAAAUCGUCGACUCGGUGCUGAAAGCUGCAGCCACUCCAUAG